AACUCUUCUCCGUACACCAUCGGAUACGCUACAUUUACACAUUCCCUCUCUAUACACACCCCUUCCACACCCCCUGUUAGCGCACAAGAGUGCCAACGGCAUCACUCAUCAUGGAACCUGCAUUAGGAAAAAAUCAGCAACAUGAUCCACCCAAUUUGGACAGAAAUGUCCCUCAUUCGAAAAGAGCUCGCAUUCCAAAUAGCGGAAUCGGAUCUCAAAGACAGCCCAACAACCAAGAAGUCGGUCCCGCAAGCGGCAUAGAGGCGAGCGGGAGCUGCGUUGACGAGGGAACGGGCUCUAAGAGCCGUCCUUCGUAUAACCGCAGCCUGGGUGCAAACGGCUUGCGUGCAGCUACACAAGAACAGGACGCAAUGGACGAAGACGAUGACGCAAUGGCCACUGUGGGAGUCACAGAAUGGCAGGAAGUGAGACGCACCAAGGAUAGGCUGAAGGCGACCGGCGUCUUCCUCGAGGACCUUUAUGGAACAACGGUUGCCGAAAAAAAGAAAGACCUGGAAACAGUCUUGUUGGAUGCUGCCAUCUAUUGCACAGAUGCAAAAGUCAAGGAUCAACCAUCCCUGACAGCGCUCCUGGAAAUGACUGCUACACACAAAGAUGAAGACGGAAAUGAACACGAAGUCCCAUUGUUUUUUGAAAUGAAUACCGACACCCGUGAACGUGAACUGGAACGCACAGUGGAGGUUUAUGGUAUUGCUCCUAGGACUCCGGAAUUCCUUAUCAAGUCAGCAAUGCUGCAGUUCGGUACUAUUGAAAAGAUUGCAACCCGCCCAUGCUCCAAGGGAGUCAAGAUCACCGCAGCAGUAGUUUAUAACAAUGUUGAGGACGUCACAAAAUUCAAAUUGGCCAACCGGGAGCACGUCUUCAUUGGAAAAGAACUCGCGCGCAUCCGCAAAAUCGGCAAUGAACGAGUCGAGUGGACAUUGACACACGUCGCAAAAAUCUCAGGUCUCCCUUUUGGAACGACAGACAAGGACUUGGAGCCUCUCCUUGGAGAAAAGCAAGCGAAUUUCGUCAAAGUGCCACGCUAUUUUUCAAAAGACGGGAAGAAAUGGCAAUAUCAAUGCAAAAGUCAAGGUAGUGUUCUAGGGGGAUCUAAGG